AUGGCAAUUCUUGGAGAAGCGAAGAUUGCAAAUGCCGAGGAGUACGAUAUUGGAAGCAAUGGAUCCAGCGCAGCGGACAGGAUGCAUGCCAGUGCUCUGGGAGGCACAGCUCAUGAUGCCCUGGACAUGCACAGGAUGGGCAAGAAACAGGAACUUCGGAGAAAUUUUCGCCUGAUCUCCAUCAUUGGGUUUGUCGUUGUCCUUCAGUCAACAUGGGAAAGUGCCCUAUUGUCCGCCUAUUUUGGCUUGUUCAAUGGAGGCACAGCAGGUGUCAUCUGGAUGAUGAUCAUUACAUGGAUCUUCGUCCUAGCUAUGAUCGCUUCUCUCGCUGAGAUGGCAUCGAUGGCCCCAACUGCUGGUGGGCAAUAUCAUUGGGUUAGCGAAUUCGCGCCACCAUCAUUCCAGAAGUCACUAAGUUACAUCGUGGGAUGGUCUGCGGCCGUCGGCUGGGUUAGUGGCAUUCCCGCUUGUGCGCAAAUGCUCUCAAGUCUCGUCAUUGGAAUGGUCCUCCUCGCGUACCCCGACGCGGAAAUUGGAAAGUUAUGGCAUGUCACGCUUCUGAUGAUGCUCUGGCUAGUCCUCAUGGUAGGAUUCAACAUCUUCCUGGCACAGCAUCUACCCCUCGCUGAAGGUAUAGUGCUUGUCUUGCAUGUCUUCGCCUUCUUCGCCUUUUUGAUUCUCUUUUGGACGAUGGCGGAGCGGUCUCCCGCAGAGGAAGUCUUCACGACAUGGACGAAUGGAGGAGAGUGGAGCUCGAUGGGUGUAUCUGCUCUAGUUGGCCUCUCAACCCCACUGUGGUGCUUCAUUGGUCCAGAUGCGGGUGCCCACAUGUCUGAAGAGCUGAAAGAUGCCUCCGCAGUGCUUCCCAAAGCCAUGAUGUGGGCUGUUUUCUUUAAUGGUAUCUUUGGAUGCAUCAUGAUGAUCACCUUCGUAAUGUGCGGCGGCGCUCUCGACUCCGUCCUAGAAUCCCCGACGGGACAACCUGUGCUUCAAGCUGUUUACAAUGCGACAGGCUCCAUUGCCGGCACAGAAGUUAUGGGGGCGUUGCUCGUCAUUCUUGUCUUCUUCGCAGCAGUGUCUGUCACUGCGGCCUCUUCACGUCAAAUCUGGGCCUUUGCGCGCGACAAAGGACUUCCGUUCUCCGCAUGGAUCGAGCGAGUUCCGGCCGGCUGGGACAUCCCCGUGAACGCGCUUCUCGUUUGCCUUGGAUUUUCGUGCGUGCUCGCGUGCAUCAACUUCGGUUCGGAUGUCGCCCUGAAUGCCAUCGUCUCCAUUUCGAAUGCUGCCCUCAUUUUCUCCUACAUCAUAUCAAUUGGAUGUGUCCGAUUGAAGCGUCUCCGCGGUGAGCCAUUGUUGCCUCGACGCUGGAGCUUGGGCAAGUUCGGAGGCAUCGUCAAUGACUUUGCCCUGGCCUUCCUGAUCGUGUCCUUCAUUUUCUCUUUCUUCCCCAUAGUACCGAAUCCCUCUGCUACGGAUAUGAACUGGGCGUCGCUCAUGUUUGGCGUGAUGGCCAUCAUCGCUACCGUUAAUUAUUUCGUUAGUGCGCGGAAGAGCUAUAUUGCACCCGUCUCGCUCGUUAAACAGGAUUAG